AUAUACUUAUUGUUUCUACUUUGUUUCUGAGGUAUUGAGCGAUCUAUUUUCUGAUUUUGAACACUACAUCCACAUAUAUUUUUCUUCUCAUACAUCGUCAUGUCGUCAUUACUUUCGACUUCCUCAUCCAUUUCUAGAAAGAAAUACGAUGUUUUCUUGAGUUUUAGAGGUGAAGAUACUCGCAAGAACUUCACGGAUCAUCUCUACGAUGCUCUAAAGAGGAGUGGGAUCGUCACUUUCAGGGAUGAUCCAAAGCUGGAGGCCGGCGAAGAGAUCGCGCCAGAACUCUUUAAAGCAAUUCAGCAAUCAUGGUGCUCGGUAAUCGUUUUUUCACAAACUUAUGCCUUUUCAAGUUGGUGCUUGGAGGAGCUUGCUGAGAUUGUUCAACAACAUAACAACGACGGCCAUAAAGUGUUUCCAAUUUUUUACGAUGUUGAUCCAUCUGAUUUAAGAAAACAAAAAGGGAAAGUGGAAGAAGCCUUUGCCAGACAUGAAGAGAGAUACAAAGAAGAAAGUGAGAAGAUCCAAAGGUGGCGAAAUGCUUUAAUUCAAGUGGCUGCAGUCAAGGGAUGGCAUUUAAAUAACAGGCAUGAAUCAGAAUUUAUUAGAGACAUUGUUAAGAAGAUAUCAGCAAAACUAUGUCAGACAUAUCCAGUUACUCAUAGCGACUUGGUUGGUAUUAGUGAACGCUUGGAGGAUUUGUAUUUGAAAAUAAACAUUGGGGAAGAUGAUGUCCGCGUUAUAGGAAUUUGCGGAAUGGGUGGCAUCGGUAAAACGACACUCGCAAGAGUUGCUUACACUCAAAUGUCACCUCAUUUUGAAGGUAAAAGCUUUAUUGCUGAUAUUCGAGAAGUUUCAGACAAAUGCGGACUAGUUUCUUUACAGAAACAACUUCUUUCACAGAUCUUUCAUGGUGAAUGCUUCAACUUUUUCGAUGUUCAUGAAGGAAGUGACAUAAUUAGCCAUAGGUUGUCUCACAAAAAGGUUCUUGUUGUUCUUGAUAAUGUUGAUAACAUACAACACUUAAAAUGCUUGGUUGGAAGGCACGAUUGGUUCGGAUUAGGAAGUAGAAUCGUUGUAACAACAAGAGACGAACAUUUGCUUCGAUGUUGCCAAGUUAAUGACGUGUAUAUGCCCACAACACUGAAUCCCAAAGAUGCGCUUCAACUUUUCAGUCUGAAAGCUUUUCAUAGUGAUACAGUGCAGAAAGAUGAUUUCAUUGAGCUUUCUAAACAUGUUGUAAAUUAUGCUGGUGGACUCCCUUUAGCUCUUGAAGUUUUAGGUUCCUUUUUGUGCGGUAGAGAUGCGACUCAAUGGAGAAGUGCGAUUGAAAGACUUAAAAGAGAUUCUAAUAAAGAAAUUCUCGAUAAACUUCGAAUCAGUUUUGAUGGACUGGAAGAAAGGGAGAAGAAUAUAUUUUUAGAUAUAGCAUGCUUCUUCAAUGGGGAGAAGAAAGAUUUUGUAAUCAAAGUAUUGCAUGGUUGUGAGUUUUUUCCUGAUAUUGGAAUUGAUGUUCUCGUUAAAAAAUCUCUCCUAAAAGUCGAUGAACACAGCAAAUAUUUGAAGAUGCAUGACUUGUUGCAAGAAAUGGGAAGAACAAUUGUUAAAGAAAAAUGUGUUGAUGAACCUGGAAAACGUUGCAGAUUGUGGGAGGAAAGGGACAUCCAUCAUGUCCUAACAAAAAACACUGCUACAGAAAUGAUUGAAGGCAUAAUCAUCGAUAAUAAAAGGGAAUCGAACAAGAUGCUCAAUUUGAGUGCGGAUACCUUCUUGAAGAUGAAAAAACUGAGAUUGCUCAAAGUGCUUUGCCUUUUAAAUUGUGAUGAUCUCAAAUAUCUUUCUAAUGAACUACGACUUUUAGAUUGGAAAGGAUACCCUUUAAGAUACUUGCCUUCAAGCUUUCAACCGGACAACCUUGUCGCACUUCUUUUACGAUGUAGUCACAUUCAACAACUAUGGAAGGGAAAUAGACCCUUGUCUAACUUGAAAAUAGUGAACCUCGAAGGGUCCCAAAACCUGAUCAAGACACCAGACUUCACAACAGCAUCAAAUCUUGAAGUUUUGAUUUUGGCAGGUUGUACCAAAUUAGUGGAUGUUCAUCCAUCAAUCGGGGUGCUUAAGAGCCUUAAACUUUUGAAUUUAAGAGACUGCAAAAGUCUUAGGACUCUUCCAACCAAAAUUGGAAUGGAAUCUCUUGAAACAUUAAUUCUUUCGGGUUGCUCAAGUCUUGUAAGGUUUCCGGAGAUUGGUGGAAAAAUGGAACGUCUAAAAACUCUAGAUCUUGCCGGUUGUUAUAGAGUGGAAAAUUUAUCGGAGAAUUUGCAGCAUGCAAAGCUUUUGGAAGAGCUCGACUUGAGUGAAACAGCCAUAACAGAACCACCAUCCUUCAUUUUUCAAUUUAAAAAUCUUGAAGUUCUGUCUUUCAAUGGGCGCAAGGGACCAUCAUAUAAGUCACUGCCAAAUUUGCCUUCUCUGUUCAAGGUAAUCCAAGGAAGGAGGACGAAUCCCAUGGCUCGGAUGUUGCCUUUGUUGUCAGGUUUGAGUUCUUUAAGUGUGCUAAACCUAAGGGACUGCAAUCUUUGUGAAGGAGAUAUUCCACCUGAUAUUUCUGGUCUAUCCUGUUUGGUAAUACUUGAUUUUAGUGGUAACAAUUUCGUCAGCGUACCUGCAUCUCUUACUCGACUCUCAAAGCUUGAGUCUCUUGAAUUGUCAAAUUGCAACCUGUGCACUCUUGGUGAAGCAGAUACUCCUAGUGAUAUUUCUGGUCUAUCCUCUUUGAGUUAUCUUUAUCUUUGUGGUAACAAUUUCAUCACCAUUCCUUUGGCUCUUACUCAACUUUCCCAGCUUCAUUGUAUUGUAUUGUCAGAUUGCAAGAUGCUUAAAUCGUUGCCUGAGCUACCAACAAGUAUAGAAAGUGUGAUAAUAGAUGAUUGUUCUUCACUUGAAGUAAGUCCAUCAAAAGUAAGCAAUUUAGUGGUUGGUGAUAACAUUCAUGCCAUUAACUGCUUCAAAUUUGCUGAGAAAAUCAAUGCAGUAGCACUGCUGAAAGAACAUCUUAAGGCACUUCCAAAUUCUGGAAAAUGGCUUGAUAAUGACUUCUUUGAUAUUUUGGUGCCCAGAAGUGAAAUUCCAGAAUGGUUUAGCCAACAAAAAAGUGACUCUUCAGUUAAGAUACCCCUACCUAUCAGCCUUCACGAAGAUAGUGAAUGGAUUGGAGUUGCUUGUUGCUGCAUUUUUGUCAAUAAAGAUGCUUCAAGGGCUAUCAGAUGGGAUGGAUCUAUUUUUGGUGGAAAUCAUCGACCAAUUGGUUGUAGAAACCGAUGGGUAGCUCCAUUCUUUGACAGGCCCAUAAUGAAAGAUCACCUUUUUAUUCGUUAUUUUCCGCGUAAUGCAAUAGAUCCAUUUGACUUGGAGGAUAAAUAUCAACUACGCGAUGAGCUUUAUUUGCCUUUCAAUAACGAAUUAGGAGUAGAUGACCCUCGUGUUAAGGUAAAGAAGUAUGGUUUUAGAAUAGUGUACGAGGAAGAUUUGGAAGAAAUAAAAGAGUUGCAGUGCCAUACCACUCCAUCUUCUCCAAAUUUUGAACACAUCCACCAACACGCUGCUCUCAACCAUGGAUCAGUAGGUAGCAGUUCUUGUUGAAGCCAUGGCCUGCAUUGCAACAAAGAACCAACAGCAACAAUUUGGUCAAAAGACCAACAGCAGCAAAUUGUACAAGUUUAGCUGCUAUACUGUUUUGUAGCAAAGAAAUGGAGUUGGUUCAAUUAUAGAAUUACUUUUUGAAUAUUUUGUUCCUAUGGAACUUAGCCUAAAUCUUUGUAAUGAGUUAGCUAAGAUAGUAGGAAGUUUGACUGAUGUAAUAGCUGGUAUGCCAGCUUUCUUUUGUAAGCAAGUUGCUAUGUUUUAGUAUGUAUUAAGUAAGGGCAGUUAAAUUAGUAGGUAACUGUCAAAUUGUUUGUAACCUUCAUAUAUUCAAAAUUUGAAUGAAAAAUAUAUGACUUCAGUUACAA